AUGGCGGAUCAAGAAGCUGAAUUUGGAGCGCUGGAGCGCAUAAUGGGUGAUGAAAGUGCAGAGCCGACCAGGCUACCAUAUUCACUCAUAAAGUCCAUUACCGGCGAUUUCUCCCGAGAAAUUGGUCGUGGUGGGUUUGGAGUUGUUUACCUGGGAGACCUUCCAAGUGGCAAGGUUGCUGUCAAGAAGCUUUCCAUAUCGCAAGAUUUUUCGGAUCAGUUAUUUCAGGAUGAGGUCCACUGUCUAAUGAGGGUAAAGCACAACAAUAUAGUGAGAUUCCUCGGCUAUUGUUCAGAUACACAAGGGGAACUGAUGGAACACGACGGAAAAAAAGUUAUGGCAGAGGUACGGCAAAGGUUGCUCGUCUUUGACUACGCUCCUAACGGAAGCCUUCAGCUUUAUCUUACAGAGGAAACAAUUGAAUGGACAAGGCGAUAUCAAAUGAUCAAGGGAAUCUGCCAUGGUUUGCAAUAUCUACACAAAGAACGCAUUAAUCAUCUGGACCUCAAACCUGAAAAUGUUCUGCUGGAUGCUUACAUGGAACCCAAAAUUACCGACUUUGGCUUGUCAAGAUGGUUUCAUGAAGGACAGUCCAGAAUUUUCACAAAAAGCACUCCUGGCACAAGGGGAUAUAUUGCACCAGAAAUCAUAGACAAGGGUGAAAUAUCAUUCAAGUCAGACAUAUUCAGUUUCGGCAUUGUAUUCAUAAAGCUGUUAACAGGGAGUGACAACUACGAUUUUGAAAAUGUAAGGACAGUUUACUGUACCAUUUAG